AUGGCAUCACCACAAACUCAAACCCACCACACCCCCUCCUCAAACACACCAACAUCGCCUACCUCCCCUCUAGGCCUCACUCACGAUGAUCCCUUCGCCGCCCAACGCAAAGACCCCAUAAACAGCAACCCCUUCGCCUCCAAAACCCAAGGUCCUAUAAACAUCCCCACGCCCACCUCUCCCAAUGCGACUUCAAACACACAUUCCGGAUCACCUAAUCAAGAUCGAAGAUUAAGUUCUGAUGAAUGGGAUGCAUCCAAAACCCCUCCCUCCCGGUUUCAGAAACGUAAAGGAUCCAUCUAUGCGACGCCCAGUUCUCGCGAUGGUCACGUCGACAAACAUAUUGAUCGAGAUGCCGUAUUUCACGCCACGCAUGCCGAGAAGGGGUAUGGAAGUAUUUUCGGUUUGGGUGCACAUCGCAAUAAGGACGGAGGGGGAAAUCAAGGUGGGAGGAGAGUGAGCAAGAGUGAGUGA